AUGUCUUCGACUCCUCCCAAGGGCCCUUUCGAGAACCAGGCCGUGGAGGUACCCUCAAAGCCGCCAAGCCGGAGCUCAGUAACGACCAAGACAGGCCGUUUUUUGUCGCGCAUAUGGUUCAGUAUGGCCUCGUCAUGGCCAGUCGAGAAGUUCAGAAGUCUUCUUCGAAAUCUUGGUUUCGGCAUUAUCACUUUCCUCCGAGGUGAUGAGGAUGAGCCGCCAAAGGUAUUGAUCGACUCAUCUUUCCGGCUGGCCAUGGCUCGCUGUGCAAUUCACAUCGUCCCUGCGUUCCUCUCUAUAACGUUAUUCACCCUGAACUGCAUCGGCUUCUUCAUCGGAAGUGAGCUUCAAGGCCCCUCGGGCCAGGAUGCCAUUAGAAUGGGCUUGCUUCAGAUUGCAGCCAAAGUUCAGGAGCUUCUCAUCGUUGGAAGCGUGGGCUCUGUCAUCUUUCACGUUCUACGUUCGGAGCUCGUCUUUGGCGAUGGAAUGCCACUCGGGUUGCUAGUUUCUGGUUUCUCCUUUUCGCAAGUUAGCUACUUCUGGUCGGCCGAGUUCUUAGGUGGUUUGUGUUGUAGCGAUAACAUGACAUUUAUACAGCGAUGGAAAAGACGUGGUUUUGUUCUUCUUGUAGUUGUUGGUGGUGGUCUGGCUCUUCUGGCCGGUCCAGCGGCUGCAUUGCUCAUGAUACCAAGACAGCUGGACUGGCCGGUUGGUGGAGGAGUGUACUGGCUUAAUGGGAGCGAUGAGCAACUGUGGCCGACAUAUCUCAACGCAGAUUACUACUCCCAGGUCAACUGCACCCUUGAAGGCGGCCAAUUUACCGACAACAAAUGCCCAUCGCAAGGCUUCAUAGCCAUCUACCAACACUUCAUAUCAUGGUGA